UACCGUGGUCUGCCCGGUGCGGCGUUCGCAGGCUCUGCGCGGAGCGACAACGAGCGAGCAAACCCCCCUCCCCCUUCCCCCCAGUCUCGCCGCCUCGCCCGGUGUGUACCUGCCCUGCGCCGUGCCGGCGCCUGGAGCUCGCCUGCGGAGGAGUCCAGACGCCUAGCAGCUCCAAGAUACAGAGGAAGAGCUCUCAGGAUGCCAGAGCCAGCGAAGUCCACCUCUGCCCCUAAAAAGGGCUCCAAGAAAGCUGUGACAAAGACCCAGAAGAAAGGCGAUAAGAAGCGACACAAGAGCAGGAAAGAGAGCUACUCCAUUUACGUCUACAAAGUGCUGAAGCAGGUCCACCCUGACACUGGCAUCUCCUCCAAGGCCAUGGGCAUCAUGAACUCUUUCGUCAACGACAUCUUUGAGCGCAUUGCUGGAGAAGCAUCCCGCCUGGCCCAUUACAACAAGCGCUCUACCAUCACCUCCCGGGAGAUCCAGACAGCUGUGCGCCUGCUGCUCCCAGGAGAGCUGGCCAAGCAUGCCGUCUCAGAGGGCACCAAAGCUGUCACCAAGUACACAAGCUCCAAGUAGCCAUAUAUCAACUCUCCAAUGGGACCAUCAAGCACUGGACCCUCUGCGCAAGCACAGGUGGGUGGCCACGGUCUGGGUAAACAUCACAGCUAUUAUCCACAGCAAUUUACAGCCUUGGGAUGGGCAUGAGAAGCUGUCUGGUGGAAGAUGAAACAGUGAUCUGGAUGUCAGCUGAUUUUCAUAGUCUGUUUGGGACAUGCAGUGGGUUCAGCAAGGCUGGUGAAGGAGGCCUUUGUUUUCACACCUCAUCUGAAGAACGGACUGACAUCCAAACUCUCCUCUAUGCUUGGCAAACAUGCAUGUUUGGUUGGCACUGUCAGGAGAGACUGGCAGCAGCAACACAGUGAUGCCAUUUCUGAAGUCUUGCUGUUUAGCUGCUUUCUCACAGUCAUCCAAGAUGGGCACUGAGGAGUCAGCGCUGGUAUCCUCUCCCUCAUAGACUGGAUCCGUCCUGGUGUGCAGUGGCACAGCCCACCCUGUGCUGGCAGAAGCAGCAUCAACUGUAACUGGGCAUGAGCUGUGGAAUAAAAUCUACAUUGAUUCAACAGCUAUCUGUGCUUGACAGACUGUUUUCAAGAGCAAGCCUGGCAGGCACGUAGAUGCCCAGGAUGAUACCAAGCGCUAUUCCUCCUUGUCACUCACAUUGGAUGAGACAUCAAACAGACUGAGGGUGCUGGCACUGGAGCUGUCUGCUGCCUCUCACCUUGUGCCAAAGCAGAGGAAUGGGCAAGGUGGGAAUGCUGGGGCUGGGUUGCUACCUUCCCCAGCUACUGUUUUGUCUGGUUUAAGGACUUGGUUUGGUCUGCAAGACAUUGCUGAUUCUGCUGCUUUUCAGAGACUAUUCCUGCCUUGACGCUGCCUGGGUUCCCCAAGACAGAGUGGUCCCUGUGGGAAUCCCCUCUCCUGUGAGUGCUAGGGUGGUGCAGAACAAACAGCACAGAGGUAUCAGGAGGGGACUGAGGAUUUGGAAAGGCGUGGAGUGGGAACAGAGGUGGUUAAUGCAGAGCUCACUGUGGGCAAUUCACUUGGUCCUGCCUUGCCUGCUUUACUCACCAAUUAGAAAGCAAAACCAAAAACUGGGGCUGGAUGGAUAUAUAGGGAUGCUUGCCUACACCCCAGUAAUACUUUAAAUAUUAAAUCAUUUUAAACCAUGUCUGAUACUCUCCACAUCUUUUUAAGUCCACAACAAGGUAAGCAAUAAUAAAAUCCUGAUAAAAGCCAUAGAGAUUAGUGGAGGAAUGUCUUGGUUACAAGUUUAUCUUGCCCAAACUGCUGGAUAGCAUGUGUAGAACUGGUGUGAAGUUGAAGCUUCCUACUCAAAAUACAAAAUUAGCCCUCAAAAAAAUAACAAAAUCUCUGGUAGGCAGUAAUGCUCAGAUAAAAAUUAUUCAUGUCUAAAAUAACAACUGCUUUCUGCAGCUUAUUCUGUAAAUAAAAAGGGCUGGAAAGAAACAAGAUCCAGAACUAAGUGCAGGUUCUUCCAGACUCCAAGACCUUUCUUUUAACUGAAAGGUAAAUUCAUACCCCAAAAUAGCAACCUUGCAGUCCAUUUCUCACUUUCUCCUAUGUUUAUCUCUAUCCUGUUUCUUUACACUUUGAGUGAUGGGGACUCUUGCAAAUUUAUGUUGCUUCUGGAGCUGUAGGACUAUGUUUUUAUAACAGUGUUGCCGUCAUUUUCCAGUUGGUUUGAGGAAAGGUCCACGUGGAGGUGCUCAACCAAGAGAAUCUCAGAAACCACAUGGCAGCACUGGGGGUCAUGUGGUCUCUGUGGAAGAGAAAACGUCAAGUUGCUUACGGGCUGCUUCCAUCUCCCUUGUUUCAGUUUGAACACCCCAUAAAGGAGCUUUCCCACCAGACUUUGCUCAUUGAUAGCACACAACCAUGUUUCAUACUCUAAUGCCAUCAGGAAUCCCUAGCAAUGUCUUUCAGAAAGAGCAAAAUCUGGGUGUCAGCAUCCACAAUGCGCAGCUCCCAGCAGCAGCAGCUGUACUUGGUAGCAUUUAUAUCCUGCAUGGCUUGGGUAGGAUGCUUUGGAGGUGACAGCUUAGCACUUCCUUUUGUUUUCCAAUCAAAUUGUCAAGAUCAGAUAAAAAAGAUGAAAAUGUGUGUGUGCAGUAGGCCUAGAGCCAUUGUCCUUGGCUCUUUUCCCACCAGAAAUCAGAGAGCAGAUGAUGCAGAAGAGGAAUAUAGGGAAUAUAGGGAAUGAAGAGGAAUAUAGAGAAUGAAGAGCUAGCUGGCAACACUGCAGCUUUUUCCUCCCAUCUCUAUGAUCUUCAGGUUAGCAUUCAUCCCAUGAGGGAGUCCUCCUGAAGGUAGGAGUUCAGAAUGGCAUCAAUCCACUCCAGUACAAGCAGUGUGUACAAGCCAGGCUUACCUGGCACAGCUUCUAAAUCCUCACUCUUUUGAGCAGACCAAAAUCCUGCUCUACUGUCUACAGGCUGCAGAAAGUGGAGAAAAUAAAAUGAGAUGUUGUCCCUCCAUGGUCUCCUGG